AUGUUGGAAAGAGAAAAGGAGACAUUGAAAGAUCAGUUUGAAAUGGAAGAUCAAGGAGAAAUUCAUUACUGUUUAGGCAUGUUCAUCAAAAGAAACAUAGAUUUAAAGACUCUCACCAUUAAUCAAAGAGCAUAUCUUGAGAAUUUGCUGAAAAGAUUCAACAUGUUCGACUGCAAACCAGUUUCAACGCCAAUAGAAGUUGAGAAGAAGUUUGAAAAAAUGAAGGACGGAGAAAAAUCAGCGAAUGCGAGGGAUUAUCAAGCUGCAAUUGGAUCGAUCAUGUAUGCAGCGAAUGCUACCCGCCCUGAUAUAUCAUCUGCAGUGGGAGUAUUAAGUCAAUUCUCUUCAAACCAAGGACAAAAGAAUUUCCAAGGAGUUAAGAGAAUCAUGCGUUAUUUAAAAGGAACGUUGGAUUAUGGGUUGAAAUUUGAGGCACAAGAUAAAGGCAAUAUUGAGCUUCAUGUCUAUGCAGAUGCUGACUGGGCUGGAGAUGUAGACACACGGAAGUCUACUUCAGGAUAUCUUUUUCAAAUUGGUAAUGCAACUAUCUCAUGGAGAACAGAGAAGCAAACAAUCGUUGCAUUGUCUUCAAUUGAGGCAGAAUUCGUUUUAUCUGUGUUAUGCACAUAG